AUGACACUCGGGGUGGUGAGCUUCGCGCUUUACCUUCUGCACCCGGUGGUGGAGGAGGGGGACCUGUUUCUCGUCUUCGAGUUCUCCCACUACGUGAUUUUCUUCAUCGCCAUCUUCACGGUGCUGCAGCUGGUAAUGCUGGGCGCCUCCACCUAUCCCAUCAAGCGUCGGUGGGAUAUUGCAGCGUACAAAAGCAAGGAGGAGCUCCUGGAGGGCUACAGAGCGAUGAUCGCGCGCACGCACAAGUGGUCGAUCCCCAUGUUCGGGCUCGGUCGGGUGUCGCUCGACGUGUUCCACUGGGGCAGCAACUGGAAGUGGAUUGACGCCGUGCAGUACCACCUCGCACGCUCUGUCUUCAUUAGGCAGCACCGCCAAAACGCGAACUUUGACUUCGCGAGGUACGCGUGCUUGGUGACAGACCGACAGAUUCUCGGCAUGGCCAACGUCUCGCUCGCCAGCUGGCUGGCACUUCUCGUUUUCCGCUGGGUCUCGUACGGUCUGCAGGUUGGGUUGUCUCGCGACGGUGGCACGGUGAGCUUCCGGGCGUGGUUUGUCUUCGGGAUAGUCCUCUGCCUGUUGGAGCUGUCGCUCCUCUUCGCGUGCAUGCUGGGGGUCAGGAGGGUGUGCAUCAAACUGGGAGCCGAUCCCCAGGACCCCGUGAAAACGGUGGAUGCUGUCCUCGAGAGGAUCUGGGUCGCCCCGAUGACCCACGUGCAGCACGCGGCAUCGAUGCACGGGAUCGGGAGGUCAGCACUUGGCGAAGGAGCGACGUCCGACACGCCUGGAAAUUCUUGUGCCGUCGACGCCGAUCAAGCGGCGAUGGUUCACGGCAGCGAGGGUGGCGGGGGGUUAGAGGCGGGCAGGAGCGCGAUCCGCUCGACGAUGCCGGACUUUGCAGAGGAGAUGCCAAUGAGAGGGGCGAACAUCCCGGAGAUCACAAUGAGAGAUGCGUUCGUCUUGCCGAUCGGCAAAGCGUACAAGCAGGCCGUCGAGAUCCUGAUGCUGCUGAACUCGUACUACCUGGCGUUCUACGCUGUGUACUUCAUCAGCCGUGCCUCCAAGAGCGAGACCGAGUGGGUGUGGAUCAUCGUGCUACCGCUGCCCAUCCUGGCCGGCGUGCUCAUGGCGUACCGGAGGGUACUCCCGCUGAUCGCGUUGCUUUCGACGAUCGUCAUGAUGCAGCCCACGGACGUGGCAGAUGUGGAACAAGAGGCCGAGGAACUGAACAAGCUUCGCCGCAAGCUGGUGAUGCGGGUGGAAGACGUGCUUGAACAAGAAUUUAAGGCUUGCGCCGAGAGCGGCGAGACACGUGCUGAUGGCCAAACUUCGGCGGCUUUUCUGCUCAAGCGUUGGGACGAGGACGACAACGGGAACCUCAGUCACCAGGAACUGCAUAAGGGGCUGGAGGAAAUCGGCCUCCUUCUCUCCAGCAAACAACGACGCGAGUUGAUUCGCCUCGCGGACCCGGACAGGAGCGGUGGCGUGGAUAUCAAGGAGCUGGCUGAGCUGCUCUACGACGUUGAGGUCGAGAUAGCGGCGGGCCGAAGUGUAGAAGGAGAAGAACAGGCCGCGGCGGCAGCGCCAGGACGCAUGGGACUGACCACCAGUUUAAACACGAAGGUCGGUUUCCGUAGGACAGGCAGCGGAUUGCGUCCCAACGGUUUGUCUGAUGGUGGCGUGAAUGACAGGGUCGAGCGUUUGCUGCGGAAGAGGGCGUCAGAGAAGUGGUCGUGAGAAAGGCCGCGACACGGAUGGAGAAAUGGUGGCCAUUUUUAUUGACGGUGUGUUGACGUUUUAUUCUGUGUGGGCAUUUAUUGGUUAUCGUAGUGGUGUGGCGGUCGUGAUAAAAGAUGCCGGUUGGCGUCCAAGCACUAUUAUUUUUGUAGGUUU